CGAUAGUGCAUUUUUCUUUAAAUCCGACACUACCGACGUCUUUCCGUCUCCUUCCAACCUUUUUUUUACCCUCCACCUCAAUACUACCGAAAACAUAUUUUGAAACACUCUUUUACUACUACCUACAUCUUCAUUCACUUAAUCAACUAUAUUCCAGCUACCAAACAAAAACACCAAUAACUCACAAUGGCUCGUAAUCGCUCCGUCGGCCGAUCCGCUCCCGCUCGUCCCACCGUCCCUGCGCGGGCACCGGCUCCUCAGCAAAAGCGACCUGCGACCACCUAUGCCCCGGCGCAAACUGGCCAGCAGCACCCUCCCGCCGCUGCUGCUCCCCAGGCCUCGCAGGGCCCUGGUCUGUUCGGCCAGAUGGCCAGCACUGCUGCUGGUGUCGCAGUAGGCUCCUCCAUCGGCCACGCCAUCGGCGGCCUCUUCGGCGGCGGCAGCUCCGCCCCCGCCGAGGCCGCGCCGCAGCAGGUCAACGCCGAGCAGUCCAACAACCAGUUCAGCAACAACUGCCAGGGCGCCACCCAGAACUUCACCAAGUGCCUCGACGACAACCAGGGCAACAUGCAGAUCUGCGGCUGGUACCUCGAGCAGCUCAAGGCCUGCCAGGCUGCUGCUAGCCAGUACUAGACUUUCUCUCAGAGAUGAGAAGGAAUGGAUGAGGGAUGAGGCAUGGAAAAGUCGCGGGUAAAGGAGAAAUAUAGCUAGGAAUGGCUAAACAGUAUUUUGCCUAGGUACCUACCUACUCGACUUGUGAGAAGAGAAAAAAAUACAGAAGAGAUUCUCUCCUUCGUACAUACAUGUCGGUCUCUGCUACUAAUUUACUGCGAGCGAGCGCGUCACGACAUUCAGUUGUUCAUAUUGCAGAAAAGAGAAAGAGACCUUUGCUUGGGUCGUUGCUCUGUAUACCUACCUAAGGUACUCCUGAUAUUCCACUCUUGAGUACAUCCUCACACUCUUCGUUGCUCAUGAUUGCUACGAUCUCUCUGUGAUAUGCCUAGUUAUGAUUCUAUUCGACUUGUGACUAUGGUAUGUGACUCAAUGUAGAUAGAUGAUUACUACUAGGUAGGUAUGUGGUAGACACCAAGAAAUGAUAUUGGUGGCAAGUAUACGUGUUC